AUGAACGGCGCGGGGAUGCUGAACCAGAGCCGAGGUCGGGAUCCUCUGGCCGACGCGUGGAAAGUCAUCAGGCAGCAAAAUUCCGCGUUGAUAAACUGCCUCAAGGAGCAGAGAGCCGCGGAGAAGCUCCGAGGACGCAUCCUGGCUCCUGAGUACACCUGCCCGCGGUGCGAGUCCGGCUUCAUCGAAGAGGUCACAGAUGAUUCCAGUUUCCUCGAUGGCAGCGGCAUAGACGACAGCCCGUCCACACAGUUUGCAGAGCUUUGGGACCAUUUGGACCACACGAUGUUCUUCCCGGAUUUCCGACCCUUCCUGAGUAGCAGCUCACUGGAUCAGGACAGCAGGGACAACGAGAGGGGCCACCAAGCCCACGCCGACCUCUGGGGACCAAGCCGACCCCCGCGAUUGCCCAUGACACGGAGGUACCGAUCCCGGGGCAGCUCGCGCCCCGACAGAUCUCCUGCUAUCGAGGGAAUCAUACAGCAAAUCUUUGCAGGGUUUUUUGCAAACUCAGCGAUUCCUGGCUCCCAGCACCCUUUUUCCUGGAGCGGGAUGCUGCACUCGAAUCCCGGGGACUACGCGUGGGGACAGAGCGGCCUUGAUGCCAUUGUCACCCAG